CGAAGAAGAGGUCUGGGCGGAAAAAAGCAAGAUAGUGUUGGAUGGAGGGAGGAGCCAUGGAGACAGCAACCAGGCCAAUCAGUGAGCAGAAGUCUGCAGAGGGAGGUGUGUUCAUGACAAAGCAGCCAGAGCUCAGCACCCCCCAGAAGACUGCACCUGGCUCAGCACCACAGGGUGUGGAAGGAGAGAUAAAGAUGGGAGAAAUGCGUGAAAGUCCGUCUGUCAGAAAGGAGAUUGCAGCAAAGAAAGACAGACUGGAGCCACUGAAGAUAGAUAUGACCAAGCUUGUCCCAGUUCCUCCCACCUCAGCCCAGCUCUCCCUGCAGUGUCUGGAAUGCCACAUCAUCUUCAGCGACCACAAGAGCAAGGAGCGUCACCUCAAGCUGAGCCACCCGGCUGAGUACGAGCAGUGCAUGCUGGGAGAUGCCCUUUUCGCCUGCUAUGUCUGCGACCGCCACUUCACCUGCUCCAGCGAGCUCAUGGUGCACCAGCGGGCCCACACCGAGAAGCGGCCCUUCAAGUGCCCCAUUUGCGGCGAGGCCUUUCGCAGGUCGUCUGAGCUGACCCUCCACAAGAAGGUCCACUUCGGCGCGCACGGGUACACCUGCUCAGACUGCGGGAAGCCCUGCAAGACCCUGACCUUGCUGAAGUAUCACCGGCGCACGCACACCGGGGAGAGGCCCUACGUGUGCAAAGAAUGCGGCAAGAGGUUCAGCAUGUCCAAGGCCCUCCAGAAGCACCUGCUCACGCACUCACAGGGAGAAACGGAGGGGGUCAGCGGAGGGACUGUGCUCCUGAGCGCCGCCGCUGGCACCGCCCACGUUGAUAAGCUCCUCUCUCACCCUGCCGCUGCACAGGGUAAACCUGAGGUAACCUUCUCAUGCUCCCUGUGCAAUGUGACCUUCAAGACUGCGAAGACGCGGCAGCAGCACAUGAAACUGAAGCAUUCGCCGGGCAGAGACACGACACACAACAGCCUCGCAGCGAAAGUGAAUCAAAACGUGGGUCAGCCGGUGGAAACCAAGACAGAGGCGCAUGAACCAGCACAGCACACGGAGACAUUUGGACCAGGGCAGGCAUUACAGCAGAUAGAAACACUGGGGCAGGAACAAAUGCAGGAACUAAUUGACACCCUCGGGCAAGAACAGCUGGGGGACAGUAUAGCUAAAAUGGGGCAUGAACCGUUACAGCUACAGACAGAAACAACUGCCCGAGAAAAGACUGAAACACAGACAACAGAGACAGAAGAGACACAGGGUCAAAUUGAAACUUUGGAACUAGAGCAGAUACCGGAACAGGUGAAAACGUUGGGACCAGGACAGACACAGGGAGACGUCAAAACGUUGGAAUCGGUACAGACAGAAGGUCAGAGUAAGACGGGUGAUGUGGAGCAGACACAGUUGCAGAUAGAAACACUGACAUUAGAACUGACCCAAGGGCAGAUGGGGACUAUGGUUCUCCAGCAGACGCAAGGACAUGUGCAGAUGCAGCUGGAGCAAUCGAAUGAACAGUUAAAGGCAAUUGAACUUGGAGAGACACAUUUACAUGUGAAUACAUUGGUUCUAGAACAGACACAUCCAGAGAUGGGAACGGUUGAAUUAGAACUGACACCGGUGCAGAUGGAAACUUUGGAACUAGAGCAGACACAGGUCCACGUGGAAACAGUAGCAUUAGAACUGACACCGGUUCAGAUGGAAACAUUGGGACUAGAUCAGACACAGGCACAGAUUGAAACAAUGCAGUUAGAGCAAACACAAAACCAGACAGAGACACUGGAGCAAGUGGAGAAACGGUCACUAAAAGAGAGGAAAGCAGAGGAGGAGAGGCCACAACAAAUAGAGGCAGAAGAGCAUGGAGAAACCUGUCAUAAACUUGAACCUAUGCAACAAGUAUCAGACAAGAGUCUUGGACAGAAAGAGCAAACAUCAACACAAACACAACAAAUGAAUAAGCCAAUCAGUCUGUCUUCAAUUCAAGCAAAGGGACCAGAGCAGAAUGCAUCUCAUCACCAUGAAAGCCAGCCGCACAGAGUACAAUUCCCGCAUUUACCCAAGCAUCCAGAAGAUGCACAUAUACAACAGUUGCAUCAAGAGAAGCAGAUGCCCAUGCGUUCUGUGGCAGAAUUUGUGAAAGGAGGUCAUCGAACACAAUCAAAGAAAAAAAUGGAAGGGCAGUUAACUAAGCAUUCCCAACCAACAGAGCGUGAGAGAGAAUUCCUCGGACUUAGACGACAGGAAAAAGAGCCAACGCAACACCCUGAGACUCGGCUGAAAGCGAAACACACAAAGCAUUCACGGGUGAAGAAGGACCGCCUCAUUGUGCGGUUUGUACCACCAGAGAAAGUAAAACACUCCUCGAAACAGAAGCCUCUGCCGACAAACCAGGUGCAGCAAAAAGAUGGACAAGGCCACAAACUACAAAAAAUGCAAGUCGCACCACAAAAACUGCAGUUGCAGCAAAAAGCUGCGAAGGAAAAGAAGGUAAAGAAACAAGAAAAUCUCAGAAAAAUAGUCAAGACUCAGACUUUACUGCAGGAGAAGAUGUUGCAUCGUGAAGUUCAACAAAUGCCAAAAUUCAAAGAACAAAAACAAACGCCGCUACAAAGGAAGAAAGAGCAAACGCCGAAAGGUGCGACGGGUCAGAGGCAGCCUGAGCCAGCGUCACCACAGAUUCAAAAACAGAAAAAGCAAGCGCAGAUGUCGCGAAAAGUGCAGCUGAAGAAAAAGGAGGAGGAAAUGCCACCUAAAAAGAAGCUAAAGAGGAAACAAGAGAAAGCGAAGGGAUACAAUAAGCUCCAGAGUUGCAUCCCAGAAGAUAAAGAGCAGCAAUCUCUGCUGUUGCUGAAGGGACAUAAACAGCCGCAGCUCAAGGUUCACAAAUUGGAUCCCAGUAAGACCCAAGGGCAGCCACAACAGCCACUGCCUGGCCAGUCUCAAAUGGGCAAACCCCAGAAAAAACAACAGAAGGUCAUAAAAGGUCAACAGCAGAAGACGAGAACAAAUCGGAAACAGCAAAAGCUUGCAAGGCAGCCAAAAACAAACAAACAGCAGGUUGCACCACCUCUUCCUGCCCAGGUGUCCCCCUCUUCUACAUCUGUCGUACAGAUUAAGUCCAAGACCAGUCGCAAGCGUAAGGCCCCUUCGAAUGGCGUGGCUGAAACAGCCUUGGGGUCCCCACAUGCUCGGCGAGCACUUGGGUGUGAACACUGUGGGGAGAGGUUUUCUGAGGUCGCAGCCUUAGAGGAGCAUUUGACAGCCGCACACCCUUUUGGGAUCAGGCGCGGUGAAUGUGAUUCAAAUGGAAAUGUAUGUAGCGAUAGCUCAAGGAUAGAAGGGGAAACGGCUCUGGGUCUUUGUGCAAGAAUGUUGAGCCAGCAAACAUCGGAUGAACAGCUGGAUUUAACAAGUUUGCGUGAACCUGAAGUGGGGAAAACACUUGCUCUGCCAAGUCCAGGAGUAAGCUGCUUACAAAACCGAGAAGGGGAGGGGGUAAAAGUCAUUGGGGUGGCUGCUUUGGGUUCAGAGCUUAGUCUGACAUUAGAUCCCAUCCAGACACAAAAGUCAAGUGAUGUAGUGCUGGGAAGCACAAUACACCCAGAUCAUUUUGGAAUGCGAGCUGCAACAGAUUGGGAUAUGGAGGUAGAAAUGGGGGAGAUUGGAUUAGGAGAUAGGGUGGAGCGAGUGUCUUUCCCAGCUCUGAACCCUUCCCCUUCUUUGUCUCUUGGUCCUGCGUGCUUGGAAAGUGAAGGUAAAGAAGGAGGAGAAAUCAAUGGGGAGAGCCUUACAGAAACUACGCCAAAGGUUACUUCAGGCUUGCGUCCAAAAAGUGGACAUUUACAGGAAUCAAAAGCACAGCAAGGGGAGGAGCUGAAUGAAUUCAUGAAGAGCUCAAAGAAUUGUGUGGAAGAGAUUAGUCGAGAAAGAGUACUGAGUGGAACAGAGCAUAGAGAAAGUUGUGUGCCACUGGAUGGAUCUCCAUUGCCUCUCCCUUCUGCACACAGCACCUCUCUGAAUAAAUCUAAAUCUAGCCAAGCGAAACCACCAGGUAUCCAAAAUCAGAACCGCUCACCAUAUCCCUCACCCACAAGACAACUCCAAAACGUUCAGCAAUUGGAAACCACUACAAAAGAGGGACGAGUGGAGGGAAGGAGAUUUGAAGAGAAAAACAAGUCUGAUGGCAAGACAUCAUCAACGGAGACCUCCGGUGGUCUCCAGCUUCUUACGUCUGGUCCUGAACUCCAAAGAGUCACAGAGGAGGAGAUCAAAGAGGAGCUGCUUCUUGACGUGGACAUAGUCACUGUUGGAGACCAAAAUGUGGAGGACAACACAGAGGCCGAUAGUCUUGCAUUUGACAGCAUUUCACAAGCUAGUCAUACUGCUUCCUGCCAAUUGCAAGUAGAAACAACCCAGUCAAGUCAACAUAAAAGUGGAGAGACCCCUACUUUUCCUGCUCAAGCUGAGAAUCAAGACUUCAGAGCAUCUGUAAAUAUAGAAGUAAUACCCUCUGAAAUCAAGCAAGAAGAGGAAGAGGUGGAAGUGGAGAGAAGAGAAGGAGGAAGACGGAGGGACAGUGCAGGGAGGAGCAGAAGAGGGAGGGGUGGACACCAGAGAGGAGGGAAAAGGAGCCCAGGAGGAUGGAGGUCCCAGGCGUGA